AUGAUGAUGAUAAGAUCUACACUUAAGAACAACGGCAUAAUUGUCGGAGCAAUUAGAGGCAUUAAUAACGUAUCAAGACGUCUGAUUGUGAACAUUGGUUACACUGCUAAUGCUUUCAAGGCAUCAAGUAUUGCUAUCAAGUCUUACAGAAACACUGCUGUGCAUAAUGAGUUCCGUCGUUGUUUAAGUGUCAUCACUACUAGCCCUGAGGCCAAGUUCUACGACUAUGAAGACAUCAAGUCCAUUGCUAGUAAAGAAGAAUUGAACCCCAAGGUUGUUCUUGUGGACGUUAGAGAACCCUCAGAGUUUGCAGAGGGUCAUAUUCCCCAUGCGGUUAACAUUCCGUACAAGUCGCUGCCUGGAGCUUUGGAUUUAAGUCCCGAAGAGUUUGAAGAGAAUUUUGGUUUCGAGAAACCAGGUCAAGACAAGGAAUUGAUCUUCUACUGUCUUGGAGGUGUUCGUUCUACCGCUGCUGAAGAAUUGGCCAGUAGCUUUGGCUACAAGAAGAGAGGUAAUUAUUUGGGAUCUUGGGAAGAUUGGGUUGCUCAUGAACAACCAUCUGCUGCUGCUGCUGCCCCUACUGCCUCUGAUACUACCAAGCAAGAUUCUGCUAAACUCUGA